AAUCAGAGCAGUCGGAAAAAAUUGUUUACUGGGAUAUUCCUCGAUACGGUUUAUAUCUAUUGGAAUUUUUAGUUAGAAAAUUUGCCAAAAUCCUUCGCAUAUACACACAAAACAAUAGAGCAACGUAACUCCAAUUAGAAAAACGGAACACGAAGAAAGGGAGGAGAAAAAUAUAUAAUAAAAUCGAAAUAACAAUUGAAUGGUGAAAGUAAUUGUUUUUAGAAAAGUGACUAAUACUGACUGCCUAGAGAUUUGAGAGAAAAAACAUCAUCAUCAACAACAUUCAUUGAAAAAAAAAGUUCAAGAAACACACACACAAAAGGAAGCAAAGUGGUUGAAAAAAAGUCAGUGAGUGAGAAAAUACAAAAACAACAAAUAGCAACUUUAUAUAUAUUUAUGUGUGAAAGAUAGAUAAUACAAAUCAAAAAAUUUAUUAAAUCACAGUCAUAUCACAAAAAGGCACAAAUUGAAAGCAACAACAACCGAAAAUACAAUAAAAAAAACAAAACCUUGAACGUGCCAGUUAACUCAAGUUAGCAUUCUAGAAAACAAUCCCAUAUUUCAAAUAAAAGGAGGUGAAAACAGCACUUAAAUGUCAGCCAUGGAUAACGAACCACGUACCGAAUUGCAAGAUUUGCAAAUGAAGGCUACCCAAGUGGCCGAUGAAUCUGUGGAAAGUACCCGCCGUAUGUUGGCCUACAUGGAGGAGAGUAAGGAGGCUGGUAUUCGCACCCUGGUCGCCUUGGAUGAUCAAGGUGAACAGUUGGAUCGUAUCGAAGAGGGUAUGGAUCGCAUUAAUGCGGACAUGAAAGAAGCUGAAAAGAAUUUAAGCGGCAUGGAAAAAUGCUGUGGCAUUUGUGUCCUGCCCUGGAAAAAAGUAUCUAUCAAAGAUGAUGCUGACAAUGCGUGGAAAAAAAAUGAUGAUGGUAAAAUUGUUAACAACCAGCCACAGCGUGUCAUCGAUGAAAGAGAACGGGGUGGUAUGGGUCAGCCACCACAGACCGGUUACAUAGCUCGCAUUACAAAUGAUGCCCGCGAAGAUGAAAUGGAUGAAAAUCUUGGACAAGUCAAUGCCAUGUUGGGCAAUUUACGUAAUAUGGCUUUGGAUAUGGGCUCAGAGCUGGAGAAUCAGAACAUACAGAUUGACCGUAUCAAUGCAAAGGGUGAUGCGAAUAAUGCGCGCAUGUCGGGUGUCAAUCAGAGGGCUAACAAUUUGCUCAAGAGUUAAAUUUAAGUAUUACACAAAAAAACAGCACAACAACAAUACCAUUAUUACACAAACAUAGCAGCAAUAGCAAAAAUAUAGAAGAUGACAACAACACCCCCAAACAAUACCACCCCAACAAAACAACAGGAAGAAAGUUCAAACAACCACCGCCCCACGAAACCAACCCCAAACUCAAGAAUGCUCUCCCUUCUCCCCCCCAAUACACACACAAUAUCCAGAACUAGAGCAACGAUGUUAGCAAAACAUUUCAAGACAAAUUGUGUAAGCUCAAUUAUAAUUCCAUUGAGUAGAACAGAGAGAGGGCCCACAAACAACCAACAACACCCACCCACAACCCAUAACUUUAUGAAGCACAAAAAAGACGUUGACACAAAAAGAAACACAAUUGCAUUAAAAAACUUAAAUGGCACAAAACUAACUUUGAAAUUGUUGCAGCACAACAACACCGUCUGAAAAUUAAAACAAAAAUUACAACCGGAAAAUGUUUUUGUUUCUGGCAAACGGGAAGAACCAACACAAAGACAAACUACUAAAUGCAAAACAACCCACCUAUACUAAACAACAAAAAUGUUAUUUCUUCGUACUGGCAUUUUUUUGUAUUUUGUAUGUAACCAUUUAACAAAAAAACAAAAACUUAAACAAACCAACCAGAACCAACUAUUUAAACUUAUUAUCCUAAAUUAUUUUUUACAUUUAAAUUAUAUAAAUAAAAAAAUUAUUAUGUGUACAAUAAAAUUUAAUAUUGAUAAUAUACAACAAAAAUAAACAAAAAAUAAUAUACAUAUACAAAAACAAUGACAUAUUGAUACAAUAGGCUGGAUGGCCGGUUUCAUUUAUCAGCUCGCUUAUUGCUCGCAAAUUAUAUACUGAGGCAUCUAGGUUUUUGUUUUGGUUUUGGAUGAAUCUGCACAUUCUGGAAUUAUUCAAAAUCACAAACCAUUGGCACUUACACUGAGUUGUCUAAAAAAUCCUUGUAACAUCUAAAUGCACUCGAUAAGCGUGUUGAUGUCAAAUAAAACAUGCCUCUUUUAUACAUUUAAAUUUAUAUACAUGACACUUUGAAAUUAGCUACAAAAAUAUAACAAAAUAUGUACAUGAAGAAGAAACAAUUAUAUACAAACAUAUUGUAAUACAUACAAAAAAUUUCAUAUAUAUGCAUACAAGUUACGAAAGGAAUUUAUAUAUUUAGAACAUAACCAUCUGAAAAACACGCAUGCAGUUCAAUAUUUUCAGUUCAGUAUAAUUUAUUAUUUUAACAAGCUAUUACUUUUGAUUUCCUUUGGCCCUAAUGCAAUUUUUUAUUAUACCUUUUUAUUUGUUUUUUUUUUGUUAUCCUAUAAAGAUCUUUCGCAGUGCUAUUAACAUUACUUAUACAAGUCCUCUAAUUAGUCCUACAUCCAUCAGGGAAAACAUCAUUUUCGACAUAUAAUUAAUUAAAUUAAUACUUCAUUCAAUUUUAUAUGCUACAAUUUUAUUUUAAUAACCUUGAAAGUGGGCGAUCCUGUUGAACUCCGAAUUAAAAAAAAAAAAAACAAGAUUUUGUGGCAACAUUUCCCUUCAAAGAAUGCGGCGGAAUUAUUGUGCAUAUCGGAGUCGUAUCUGCAUGGAUUCAAUUUAAGCUACCUACCUAACAUAUUCACAAACUAUAGUCUUCCCGCAUUGCCCCUUGGUAUAUGAAGACAUAUUUUCCUCACAAAUAAAUAAAUGCCAUUUAUUUUUAAAUUCGUAAAACACCACUGGAAUUAAGCCUGACUGUUGAAAUAAAAAAAAAAAUAGCUAACUAACUAACUAUGAGAAAAUUGCCUUAUCAACAAUUGAUUCAUCGAGAUCGCCGAUGAUAUUGCAUUCAUUCUUUGCAGUGAUACCUCAUAUUUGUGUAUAUAACCUUGAUCAUCGUUAAAUUGUAAAGCAAUAUCGAAAAUGUGUCUGCUCAACGGGUUCCUUCGACUUCUUUGACUCAUAACUUUGAUGAUUAUUCCGUUCUUUUUGAUGAUUUAGAACGCAAUCGCUACCGAUACAUAGCCCAGCGUUAUAAUUCUCAAAUAGAUGCAAUACUUGCUUCAGUUCCAUUAACCCAGUCACAUGUAAUUUGUUUAAAACCAAGUUUAAAACGCUGAUUAACCCGAUCUAUGCGACGGUACCAUUAGGUACCACCGGUGACAUGUAUUUUCAUUAAAGGAAUCCGCUGUCCAAAAUGUAUGAAACUUUUAAUAGAGAGAUCCAAAGGAAAUGUCUCCGCGACUAAUGGGUUAAAUCGCUAGGCCGUUAGCAACAUGUACGGCGACCCUGCUAUCUUCCCAAAAAACGAUCUUUUACGGUUGUCAUAGCGAAGUUAUAUUAUGGAUUAGUAAUGACUUUCAAUGACUUGUAAAUUGCGACAUGGCCGAUUAGUGCUUUGGAUUUCUCAACAUUGUUCGAUAGAUAGUUUUAAAGUUUUUUUUUAACGCUACUUACAAGUUAUAUAUGGAAAGACGUUUUUUUUUUUCGGUUUUGGGUCACAAGGUCUCUGCAAUGUACUGCAGCCGUAUUCCCUUCGCAUCCGCAAGGGUGGCAGGCAAUACGGUCGAUGGAUGUUUUUUCGUAUUGUGUUGAAGUUUCUUAGCAGAACUCAUCUUAUUUACCACUACUGGCUGUAAGGUUUUGGAACAAAGGGCCGGCAACCGAAUAUGAUUUUAUUCCCUUAGUGGUGAUCCUAAUAUCUAACACAUUUUUCGAAAGAAGCUUUUUUAGGAGUGGCUCGUAGCAGUGAAACAGAACUAAUACUAACUUUUCGGUUCAGAAAAUGUAUUUUCCAAGUUUGUUACCUUUGUUUAAAAUGUAUUUUCUUUAGAAAUUUCAGUUUUUAUACCCUACAACACUAUGUGUUGGGAGUAUUAUAAGUUUGAUUGGACAAAAAAUUAUGUAACACCUCGAAAUAUUGGUUUCCCACAUAGGAAAGUAUUUAUGGAUCUUCCUAUCUCGCCGAGCUGAGUCGAUCUAGCUAUGUAUGUCCGUCCGUCCGUCUGUCCGUCUGUCCAUGUUAAUUUGUAAUCACUCUACAGGUCGCAAUUAUGGCCCAAUCGAAGAGGGAGUUGGCACGCUAGGGCUUGGGGCUGGGCAGAAGCUUUCCAAUUUUGAUGGUCAUCGGAUAAUAUUUAGUGGGUGAAACGGACCAUAAAAUUUGUUUUAAAUAAAAGUCAAAUUUUCCAUUAAACCGCGAAUAUUUUUAAUCCCGUCGAAAUCACAAAUAGACGAACAGGUCAAUCCUGACCGUUACGUAGAUGCCGAUAGUAAAUAUAUCGGAUAUAUAUAGCGUAAUGUAUACAAUGUGUAUAUACAAAGGAAGGGGAUGUUUGUUAGAUUGCUUAUAUCUCAAAAAUGGCUGGACCGAUUUUGACAAAUUUUGUCAAUUUUGUUUUUUUGUCAAUUCUUGGCAUAAAAGUAUAAAAUCUAAAGAAAGUCGCAUAAAAAUACGCCUAUGAUGAUGUUAAUAUUGAUCCUAUCCGAUCCUCACGAGAAGGGUAGGGUUAGGCUCAGAAGGGCUAGGCCUAUUGUUUUCAAAGAUGUCCGCAAUAUAUUUAGGGAUUGAAAUGGACCAACAACUAAAAAUGUUGCUGAUUUUGCAGCCGUUAUAAAGGUCAUAGAUAGAAUGGACCACUAUUUCUGUCUGAAAAACACCAACAUUACUUACAGGCUAUAUCCGAAAUACACAAAAGGCGAACUUCUGGCUUUUUAUGCUGAUUUCGUUGACGAAUAUAUAUAAAUAUCGUAGACAAGAAUAUCAUAUAGAUGAGUCUAAAUUUGGAGAUACAGGGACCUCUUGCUAUCGGAGAUGAUCACAAAAUAUUAGGGGUUCAAAUGAACCAAAAACUGAAAAAAUUUCCUGAUCACAAAAUUGAAGCCAUUCGACACGCCUGAGAAGAGCGUUAAUGACAAGUAAGAAUUCUAGCAUUUUGGAUGACCAUUAGAUUAUAUUUAGCCGUAAAAUGGACCACAACAACUAACAGCACGACGGUGUGCGUAAAUAUUGGGCAAAUGCCUCUGGUCAAAAUGCUAAGGGUAAUAUCUGGGCUGUGCACUGUGACAUAAUUUCAAAAGCUAAAUCUUCCAAAGUGGAUUUGGACAUAAGAGGGCUUCUAACAUGUUGUAGGGUAUCACAUGGUCGGCCCCGCACGACUAUAGCCUUUGCUUACUUGUUUUCUUUCUUCACAUGAAUGGAAACAUGACACAUGGUCCUUAAUAACGCGAACAUUUCUCAUCUUAUCCUUGCAUCCGUCGGUACUCUGACUGCAACGUCUGUAUAUUUAAUAACCCUAUAUAUCUAUUAAGCUUCCCACUAUCCGCAAGUAACCUGUGCUAUCCAAAGGCCGGCUGGUAUUUGAUUAUCAUUUUAGAUCUUAAAGUAACACUAUAUUCCUGUCCAAGAUCUUAGAGGACUGAAAAAGUAAUAUUUAAUAUCCCACCAUUGAAGAAUAGGCCGGAAAUGGGCGGUAGUGACUACAACGCGGUGCAUCACAAUGCGAGAUGAUGGGACAUACGCUUGUGUAUUCGAUGAGGAUAUGAUUGUUAGGCUCUAACUGGCAGAUUUGUUUGCUAUAUUGAAAUUAUUUGAAACGAAAAUUGGAAGAACAGAGACUGGGGGUAGCUUUGCCACAACUUGUAGUUAUGUCAUCUUUUUUCCUUUCAAUUGAAUCUACAAUAAUUCUUAAUUUGUUGUUGUUAACUACAUUAUAGUGACUGAGUGUUCGUUCAUGAAUAGAUCAUAAUCCUUCUGAUGUAUCAUCCUCUAAAAUAGCCUUACUGGGAAACAUUUCUCGUUUUAUUUCUGAUUUUUGAUAUUAUGUAGUAUGAGAUUUAUUGAAGUAAAAAAUCACUUUUUAUUAUUUUAUUGCAUUUAAAGUCUGCUGUAACAACAAACUAUAUCCUAUACUUUAUAUAAAUAAAAACUAAUAAAACAUUUAUUGCAACAAUAACACAUCCAACAAUAUACUAAUAAAUCUGAAAAUCUAUACCGUCAUUUACAAUACUAAAGCUAUUUUCAAGUACCAAAUAUCAACAAAUAACCGCCAAACCAAUCUACUGAGACUAUAUCUAUUGUCCACAAACUAUGAAUGAAACAUAUGAUUGUAAUUGUAAUAUACCCAACAAACAAACACACAAAUUUACACAAUAUAUUUUACAACUAUAAUAUUGAAAACAAAUUCUUUACAGUAUUUACAUAAUUUACACAACUCAAUGUUGUUAUACACUUUAACUUUGUUCCUUUAUUUGAUAGGCCGUUAUAUGCUAUUUGCUGAAAAUGUUUUUUAUACCCUCCACCAUAGUAUGAAGGGUAUUCUAAGUUUGUCAUUCCGGCUGCACCAUCCGGAUCGUAAUUGAGCCAAAGCUACUCGGGUUUGUCGGGGCAGCUCACGCUCUUAAGUUGCGACGGGAGGGGAUGGUCUCCUAGUAAAGUAUUCACUCUAUAUCCUUCAAUGACUUCUGAGACCGCAUUAGAGUGAAUACUAUUCAGUCCCGGUAUUGAAAAUUGGCCAUGUAGGUCCAAGUUUUGGUAUAGCCCCCAUAUAACGGUACUUCCCGAUAUUCGGUAUUUUGAUGAUUUUGGCCACAUUAUAGGCCGGCAUUGUUUCAAAUUUAUGACAAAUAUUGCUUAUGCUGGUGCACGCCUUCGUAUGGCCCCCAUAUAACGGCACCUCCCGAUAUUCGGCAUUUUGAUGAUUUUAGCGACAUUAUUCACCGGAAUUGUUUCAAAUUUGGUAUUUGAUGUUGGUAAUAGAUGCUAUAGCCUAUGACAGGGGAUUGUCUGUGCAGGUCCACGUCUUCGUAUAGCCGCCAUAUAAUGGCACCUCCCGAUAUUCGGCAUUUUGAUGAUUUUAGCGACAUUAUUCACCGGAAUUGUCUCCAAUUUGGUAUUGGAAGUUCCUAAUGGAUACUACAGCCUUAGACAGAAUGAAAAUAAAAUGUCUGUGUAGGUCCAUGUCUUCGUAUACUCCCCAUAUAACGAUACCCCCUGAUAUUCGGUAUUUUGAUGAUUUUAACUACAUUAUUCACCGAUUUUUUUUAAAUUUCGCAUAUGAAUAUUGUAACGAUUUAUGACAAAAGUAACCUAUGCAUGUCCAUAGGGCGUCGUAGAGACCCUAAUAUAACAGCUACAUUCGGUUAUUUUAAGAUGUUAACAGAAUUUUUAACGGGUUUUUAAUGUUUUUGAGAAUUUCCAAAUUCGUUCCAAAUGGUGGAGGGUAUUCAAAGUUCGGCCCGGGCGAACUUACUGCUUUUUUAUUUGUUACUUUUUAGAAAUGUCAUCUCUGAUUAUCAGUUAAAAAAAGUUGAAUUAAGAAAAUAUUUUCUGUAUAUAUUUUGAUUUUUCUUUUAAUAUGGGAGACCUAUAUUUUGAUUUGUGAUUUUAAGUAUUUCAUGGUUUCAAUAGAAUCAUUUACCCAAUCGAAUGUGAAAGGUUGGGUAUUUCAUAUGAGUUUCUUUUUCUGCUCAUAGUAAUUUUACAUGGUUCACACUUCAAUACCAGUAUUCAACUCCUAAAAAUGUUUUGCAAAUUAUACAACUAUUAUAUUAGAGGAACAUUCAUAAAAUAAUUUUAUAUAACAUAUACACAGUACUGUUUUUUAACUGAAUUUACACUGAACUUAACAAAACAAACAAAAAACAAUGACACUGAAAAUGAAAGUAUUUCCUAUACAUAUUUAUUGACAAAAAAAAUUAUACACAAAAACAAAAAAACCAUCAACACAAUGUUUAAUGUUGGUGAUCUUCUUAUCCCGCCCCAAAUUGACAUAUGUAUUCACUUUUUAAGACGUUUAAAUAAUAAAAAAAACACACACAACAAAUCUAGCUAUAAUAAAUGUUUGUAAACAUAUUUACUCUUUAUAUACACAUAUAUACUAUAUACACAAAAACAAAAUCCAACAAAAACAAUAACAAAAUAUUUUUAUAUUUAUAAAAAAAAACAAAAGUAAUCAACAAAAAUCGCAAGUAAAUUUAAUAAGUAUUGAACAAAUUCGCAAAAAGUAUUUACAAGAUUGUCUCACAAUUUACACAAACAUACAUACAUGCUCUGUUUAUUGAAAUUCAUUAUUGCCUGCUUGUAUCCAGUAAGGAAAAAAAUCGAAAUCAAGAAAUGUGCUAGCGAUCAUGGCCCCUUGUGUGUAAAUAAGAGAUGUUGGGGAAUUCACCAAAGAUUUCAGUAUGCAAAAUGUCUACGGGAAUUUUUUCGUAGUAAUUUACAUUCAUAAAAAGGAAGACAAACUAAAUAAUGAUAAACAACAUGGUUUGUUAGCUAUGCCUUGGAUAUCCCGUUUAGUUUUGUUGACGCAAUCAAAAUAUUAUUAUUAUUUUGUAGCAGAAUGUAUAUUAAAUACAUGGGUGACUUAUCACGAGGCCGUGUUUUCGUGUCGUUGAACCUACUUGAGUCUUCUGGCAGUUGAAGGAUGCUUAAUGGAUUCGCGUCGGCGAAGAGGAUUUGAUCUUCUAUACUUUAUUAUCUAUUAGUCUCCGUCUUCUAUGAAAAAACAUUAAAAUUGGAUAACAAAUCGACUGUUUCCGUCCCCUCUUCCCUUGACAAUAAGUGGAACGUUUAGAAAAUUCCGCUCAUUUUUACUCAUUUGGCUUGGUUCAAGGGCGUCAGUCCUAGGAUGAAAGAUAUGAAAUGGUUUAUAUAGAGAAGUCUCAAGGGAAUCUGCCAAACCAACCCUAGAUGAUGGUUGGAACCUUUGUCUGAGAAGAACGUUAGAAUUUGUGUCUCGUAAUCUACCAUCUGGACAUCUGUAUAGUAGGUGUUUUAUUCGUCUCUACAAUUUCUUCAUCAUCUACAGUAGUCAGGAACACAGUUAUCCCAUAUCGAGGUCAGAUAUUUGGUACGGCUGUGCAAGUCAGCAUGCCCAACGCGAUUCUUAGAUUAGACCUACUAUGUGAUAUAUAGAAGGAAGCUUGUCAUUCUAUUCGAGCUUACCGGCCAACAGCCUUAGAGAUCUUGCAAGCGGCUUCGAAGUGCCAUGAGAGACUUUUUGAAGCAGCCGACAUAUUGGUGGUUUAACAACCUCAUCCAUCGUUAGAUCCUGGAACCCAACAAAGCCUACUAAAAGAACUCCAUGGAUGGCGUUGUUUUUGCAGUCAAGAAUGGAACUCGAUUUAAUUGCACUUGGCUUGACAGGUUUUAGCGCCGUCUGACUAUCGACAUAAAUUUUCACUGGUCAUGUUAUGCUUUGCUAUUGCAGAGUUCUAUUACGACUUCGAUUGAUAUCUUGAUUAUAAUUACGUUAGGGCAGAAUACGUCAGCACCGGUGUCCUUAUCCAUCUUGGAACCGUGUGUUGAAAUGACUAGACCAUUUAGAGGAGGUUCGCCGUCAGGCCAGGCGUUCCUAUGAGGUAUCGCACUAUUACAUUUACCUAGGAUAUUCCGAUUUAUAUCGGGAUGCUCAGGAUGACCAAACCGUGAAGAGUGUCAUUCUUCUGAUUCCCGAUGUCUCAGCGUACUGCUUUGAAUUCAGUUUUAAUAAUAUCCAGUGGCUGGAAGUUCAGCAACGCAUUCAAUGCAGAUUGGGGAUAGCUCUUAGGAGACCAGUUGUCAGUAAGGUUGCGGAUCUUUGCACUGUGAUUAAAUUAGGACAUGAGCAAAUUUAUUCGAAAUUAACUUGUAGGAUUUGCAAUGAACGGUGAACCUGACAUUCCAGCUCGAAGCGAUCACAUUUAUCUUUAUAUUCAAUCAGGUUUCUACUCUGAUAGCAUAGGUGGUCUUUCGACAAAACGGUUUGUUUGCUAGGAAGUAAUCUAUAAUUUAAAAGUUGGUGUUCAUUUCCAAGUGAGAAGGUGUUGAUUCUCGAUUACCGUUUGUAGCUUCAAAAAGGCAUUGAUUUUCCUUUUCGUGAGAAAACACUCCACACUUGAUAUGCCCCUCCCGACAUAUAAUCCAUUGCCUUGUUUGAAAAAUUUUAAUAACUGUAAUUAAGUUUUCGAUUUCUUGGAUCCACUUUAUAACAUAUUCUUUAUGAUGCUUGUCUUAGAGGUUGUCAAAUAAGA